AUGGGCAGCAGCCGUGUGGCUGUCCAAUAUCUAAAGCCGCACCGGGAGAGCAGGAGCGUUUUCAGCCUGCCCCAGUCCACACAGCACCCCAUAUGGCUACUGGAGCCCUCAGAGAGGGAAUGCACAGGCGUGGGCCACCUUUCUGACCCGUGGGCCUCCUCUCUGACCCACGGGCCACCCGUGAACAUCAAAGCUGCCUCAGCUGCCUCACGUCAGCCCAAGUCAUUAGAACUGUCGCCCAGCCAAGCUCAGCCUGGGUCACAGACCCCUCCUCUUCAGGAAAAAAACCUGGGAAUCGAUCUAAAUGAGGUGAAAGACCUUGGUUAUAACAGGAUACUGAAGGUCGCCUUUGGGAGGAGAAGGGGACUGGACCAAGGCAGCGGAGAGAGCUCCGUUCCGCUGCGAGCAGGAUCCUUAGCCACGGCCUCACUGGUGGCCGCUGCCGUCGGAGGAGCGGCAGCCCUGGGCGCGGCGCCCUUCCUUCUGGGCGCAAUGGGCUUCACUGCGACCGGGAUCGCGGCCUCUUCCCUGACAGCCAAGAUGAUGUCCGCAGCCGCCAUCGCCAACGGGGGAGGGAUCGCGGCGGGCAGCGUGGUGGCCACACUGCAGUCCGUGGAUAAGUGACCCCAUAGGGGAACCAGAGAGGGUGACGACCGAAGCCAGAGCCUGAGCUCCUUCCUCUUCUUCCUCCGAAGUUCCUUGUUCCCAAGGGCAGCUGGACUCUCCACAUCAUCCAACAUCAUCUUGGGCUCCUUCGGGGCAGCUGUGGGGACCUUAUUUGAGAAUUCAACUGGAUCCUAAGCCUGAAGAGGCUAAAUAAAUCCAGCAAAGAUAAAAUGUGUCCCGAGUUGAAUGCACAAAACCCUCAGUCAAAUCAGGGAAAGAUGAGAAAUAAAGGCUACAUGCCAUGUGCC